GGCCAAUUUAUGUUCUAACACAUGACAUUCCUUUCCAAAGUACGGAAGAAGUGCUGUAUCAUUCGAGAUUCUUUCACGUAUACAGGAUGUGCCAGAGAAAGUGUCAGAGCCGGGAGGUGAUUCUGCAAGUCUUUUUGAACAACAAUUUCCUUUGCCAAAAUGCAAAGUGAGGCAUGGUUUUUGAAUUAUUAACGAAAAACACUGACUAAUAAGAGCGCGUGUAAGGCCCGCACUAUGCAACGUCCGAGCGUCACGAUCCGAGCCAACCCGUGGCUGAACGCGGGCCUUACGCGUCUCUCAUUGCUCAGUGGUUUUCGUUAAUAAUUCAAAAACCAUGGCUCACUUUGCAUUUUACCAAAUGAAAUUAUUAUUCAGAAACAUCUCCAAAAUCACCCCUUUUCGGCUCUAACACUUUUUCUGGGACACUCUGUAGGUCUAAGUUUCGGCGCGUUCAUUUAAUCUUUAAAACGAAGUAACAGAACUGGUAUAACUCGUGUUAACUAUCCGCGAGAGAUGAUCUACUCGGGAUGAUCUCGUUACAUUUCCACCGCUCUUCUGCGACGUGCGUACGAACGAAAUGGGAAUUCGUCGCGACGAUAGGCGUAUAUUCUUGGCGCGACCUACCUUAAGUAAACUUGCACUUUCGAUUCUAAGCACCGAGCGGUGCAGCAGGAGGGGACGAAGCACAGGAAAUCGAGCAGAAGUCCGUCUUUCAGUCGCGCGAGAAUUGCAAGUGGCUCGUUGUUUUACCGCGAUUCUCUUGUGCUCUCUUUCAAUUAGGUUUAACAGUUCACUACCGCGAAUCCUACACCCUCCGUCGCUUUUUUCCUUCGCGAAUUCUUCAUGGCGUUCGUCCCUUCGGUCUGUUCCCUUCUUCUUCAGGUGAAGCGGACAACAAGCUGCGAACUGUUCGACUGUGACAUCGAUGCAUUCUUGGUGACGAUCAUGACGCAUACUCAACCGUGGAUGACGAUGGCGUCGAUGGGGAAUAAGACAGACGAUCAAGCCGCGAAGGCACCGAUACAAAAUGGGACCGGUCCCAAGAACGAGGAGCAGCUGCAACUCGAAGACGUUCAAGACAAUAAUAACGAAAGCAUCGAGGUGGAGAUGGUGGUACCUCCUGAUGGUGGAUGGGGUUGGGUGAUCGUCGCGGCUUCUUUUAUGUGCAACCUAUUCGUCGAUGGCAUAAUCUUCAGCUUCGGUGUCUUUCUGAACGACAUUUCCGAGGGCUUCGGCGUGUCUAAAGCGAGAGUAGCUCUGGUCGGCUCGUUGCAAUCCGGAUUCUAUCUUAUGGCUGGUCCAUUCGUCUCAGCUUUGGCCAACAGGUACGGUUUCCGGCUUGUCGCGAUUCUCGGAAGCGUGAUAAGUUGUGGCGCUUUCGUUCUUUCGUACUUCAGCACUUCCAUCGAGUUCCUCUACAUAUCCUACGGCGUGCUCGGAGGUAUCGGUGCGGGCCUGAUUUACGUGCCGGCUGUGAUAACUACCGGAUUUUAUUUUGAAAGAUGGCGAGCGCUAGCAACCGGGAUCGCCGUUUGCGGGUCCGGGAUCGGCGCCUUCAUGCUGGCGCCAAUCUCAGACUUGCUGAUCAAACAAUUCGGUUGGAGAGGCGCGUUGCUCUUCCAAGCAGGGAUGCUGUUAAACUGCGCUAUUUUCGGCGCUAUGUUCCGUCCAUUGAAACCGACACUGAUUAAAAUGAAGCCCAAUCUGGAGAACGGAGGUUUGGAAGUGAAGAGCAAUUUAAUGGCUACGGGAGUGUCGACGGCCUCGUUGCACUGCGUCGUGCAGCCCGGAAGGAGCGGUUUCUUCGGGACCAACAAUAAUACCGAGUACCCCACGGCCGCCGAGAUACUUGGAAGCAUCCCCAACAUAGUAAACGUCUCCAAGUCCUUGCAUUCCCUUCAUAAGGACAACGUGGAACUGCAGACUAUGGAGAGAAAGCUGAGCAGUUCCGAAAAGCGGUUGUCCGUCCCGAUCUAUUCGGAUUUGGACGUGAACGUCGAUGAGAAGACCGUUGAGGAGGAGAACAAUCUCCUCGGCGGAGACGUCGAGCGAUUGAAUGGCAAAGUGCCCACGAUUCGCCGACACACGAUCAGCGGUCGGCGAAUGCGCGCCGAUUCGGACUGCAGCCAAAAAUCGCUGAAAAUGGGCAACAGGCGGAAUCCCUUCAGCAAAGAUCCGCAGCGGCCUUUUUAUAGGGACGAUAUAUUUUACGGAGGUUCCCUGAACAGGCUGCCGCAUUACAGGUCGCAGCAAUCGUCCGUUGGCUAUCACAUGUCCGUCACACGUUUGCCCACCGCGACAGACGUAGCCGAAGAAGAAAGCGGAAGCUGUUACCUCUGUCCAGAGAGCGUCCGCCGAAUUCUCACUACAAUGCUCGAUUUGAGUCUUCUCAAGAGUCCUUCCUUCCUGAUCCUAGCCAUUUCCGGUGGACUGACGAUGAUGGGCUUCUACACACCCUUCAUGUACGUCUCAGAUCGAGCCCAGUUGGCAGGCGUCGAGGCCUCCACUGCCAUGUUCCUCGUCUCUGUGAUCGGUAUCGGGAAUACCAUAGGUCGUGUCGUGUGCGGAGUGGCCAGCAGCUUGCCAGGAGUUAACGCUUUGGUCGUCAACAACAUAUUCAUCAGCGCCGGCGGACUCUUGACCAUAUUCUCCGGGCUGUCGCUCUCCCAAGGCUUUCAAUUCUUUUACGCCGCUAGUUUCGGGCUCAGUAUAUCCGUCUUCGCCUCAUUGAGAUCGAUCCUCGUGGUGGACCUUCUGAGCUUGGAGAAACUGACCAACGCUUUCGGAUUGCUUCUUCUGUUUCAAGGCGUGGCGGCAGCUAUAGGUGCGCCCAUCGCAGGCGCCUUCAUGGACGCGACCGGAAGCUACGACGCGUCGUUCUACCUGUCCGGUAGCCUGAUCCUGGUGUCAGCGGUGAUCUGUUAUCCCUUGAAGAGGAUCAAUACGUGGGAGACAAAGAAGAGCGGCGAUCCGUCGAAAUCUUGAUCGGCACCGAACGGGACGUAAUGUGUCUGUACAUAUUAAAUGCUUCGAUAAUUUAUAAACACGAUAUAUCCGGCGAUACCGGAAAAGAAGGCUGAUCAGGUGUCCUAGCGUUGAAUUUAUAAAUGAAAAGUCGGCGAGUGCGCGGACUUAAGUAAGAAGUGGGAAUACCGUCCAGGUGAAUCUUCGAUCUCCGCCAAUGCGACGGGUCGGGUUUUACUCGUUCUCAGAGAAUCUGUGCGGUAACUUCUCUGACGAAGCUCAAAACUACGUUCCAGCGGAUUCAAGAUAAAACUUAGCAUUCCCAUAAAACGUGGUCCGUGCCUCGGUUCGUACCUGGGGCAGCGUUCGCACCUUCCCGGUCGUUUCGCGCUGUUUUAAUCACCGACGUGCCUCUCACCGCAGGGACAAGACGCGGGGACACGUUCUCGCCUACGUGCCUCGCGUUUCGCUAGAGAUUUUACUCGGCUCAGACGGUUCACUUCCCGGGAGUCCUUUAUUCGUUGCCACCAGUUUGCUGUAUAAACGUUACUUCUACCUAUCUAUAGUGAUUUGAUUUCAUCUCGAUCUGAAUACGUCGAUCUAUUUUUGCUACGCCUCUAUACGCCACCAACUGCAUAUACUAUUUUACUGUAAACGGCGCAGACGUAUUACCGCGGAAUAGAACGCAAAAAGGAUUGUAAAUAAGAUGCAAAACUAUGCGAGGCAUUCGAAGCGAAUUGUACUAUACGCGUACCAUUCAAUGGGUAAAGCAAUGUUCUAUUUAUAAGUUCACCUCUUUUUUAUUGUAUUUAUGAGAACGUGGAUAUUCCGAGUUAAAUAGUUAUGCUUCCUGAACCCGUUCAGGCGCGCGCGACGGGGCAGGGGGAUGUUCCGGAAGGGAGGUGCGAAAGUUCGCUCGAAUUUGAACCGAUCGAUUGCAAACUCGAGCUUCCGGGAUAUCUCGGCAGCGUGUUUCCAUAAUGAAUAAAGCGGCACACGAGCAGUACGUAUGCGCGCAGAGCUCUUUCGCUCUACUGUGAUACGUGAAACGAGAUAUUAUUCAUCUGAUGGGUUCUAUAAAAUAAAAUAUAAGACAGAGGAAUGAUCGUAAUUAUGAUGAUAAUCGCUGUAUGAAUAUGAAUGAAAAUAUUUUAUGAAACGCGUGAUAUAAUUUACUAUGCGAAGAAAUAUGUGAUCGUGCAUGCCAUACGUUAGUUCUCAAUACAUGUGGUUAAUAUCUCGCGACACGUAUCGUUGUGUGAAAGUCUUGCGACUAAGGUGUGUGUACUUGCAUAAAUGAGUACACGUAACCUCGUGGAUCCGUUCCGGUAGAGUGCUAUAUUUAUAGCAUUAAUUAAGUGUUAAACCGCCAACCUUUAAGGGUUGAGGAUUUACUCAAAACAAACAAAUAUAAAAACCGUUCCUAUCGUUCCUGAUACUUUUCCUCUGUCUCGAUUUAUUUAAACUCGAACGCGCGAUUAGUUUAAAUCGAAUUCCUGUUUCCUCAAUUCCCAGAAUAGCAAUUGUUUCGAAGAACGUAUAAGAAGAAUAAAGUUGUAUUGAAAAUAGUGGAAUUUUGUUGUGACGAAGAGAAAAAGAUUAAACCGCAGUUUGGCUUAUGCGAAAUAUAUUCCAUAUUAUGGAAAAUAUUUUGGAAUUUCAAGGAAGGAAAGUUUUCUGUCAAAACAGAAUAAGCGUAAUGUUAUCAAUAUUUCACUCCGUCCUAGGAGAAAUAACCAUCACGGUACAUUCUUAUCUCUGAAUUCAGAAAAAUUCAGGACAAGUUAUUAUCAAUUAUGUACACUGGAUUAAGACACAGAAGAAAAUCAUACGAAAAAGAUAAAAAAAUAAUGGAAAUAUGUAUAUUUUUUAUUUGACAUUUCUAUUCCUGAUUCUUGACUGUAAAGCUUUCACUCCAUGAGUCUCAAUGCAUCAAUUAUGAGGCGACCAGUGCCAAAAUGAGAGUACAUAAUAGUUUGUAUCCACGUCGUUAAUUUCGAAUCGGACAAGUCUCGUAAAUGAAAUUUACGAGCUCGUUUACAAACGACGUUUCCGUGGAACUCGUGUCGGCGGGCUGCUCGCCACGUGGCACGGGCGUUCCUCAAUGAAUGCGAUACGCGACGUCGUUACACAAACAUGUAAAUGCAUAAUUAAAUAUUAAAAGUAUCAGACGAAAAAGGA